AUGGUCAAGGACACGAAAUUCUACGAUAUCCUUGGGGUUUCCCCAUCGUGCACCGAGGCGGAACUCAAGAAGGCGUACAAAGUCGGGGCACUGAAGCAUCAUCCUGAUAAGAAUGCACACAAUCCCGCUGCGGAAGAGAAGUUCAAAGAUCUCUCCCACGCUUAUGAAGUCCUCUCCGAUCCCCAAAAGCGCUCUAUCUACGACCAGUAUGGCGAGGAGGGUCUGGAAGGCGGUGCAGGUGCGGGUGGCAUGAACGCCGAGGAUCUCUUCUCGCAGUUCUUCGGCGGUGGAGGUGCAUUUGGAGGCGGUGGUGGACUUGGAGGCAUGUUUGGCGGUGGUAUGCAACAACGUGGACCUCCCAAAGCCCGGACGAUUCAUCACGUACACAAGGUCUCGCUGGAGGAUAUCUACCGCGGCAAAAUUUCCAAGCUCGCGCUCCAAAAGUCCAUCAUUUGCGCUAAGUGUGAAGGCCGUGGUGGAAAGGAGGGUGGGGCCAAAAAGUGCUCUGGAUGCGAUGGUCACGGCAUGAAGACGAUGAUGCGCCAGAUGGGGCCCAUGAUCCAGCGUUUCCAGACGGUCUGCCCAGACUGCAAUGGAGAGGGAGAGAUCAUCCGCGAAAAGGACAAGUGCAAGGCUUGUGAGGGAAAGAAGACUGUCAUCGAGCGAAAGGUGCUCCACGUCCAUGUGGAUAGAGGUGUUCGGACUGGACACAAGAUUGAAUUCCGCGGCGAGGGUGACCAAACUCCUGGCGUUCAGCCUGGAGAUGUCAUUUUCGAGAUCGAGCAAAAGCCCCACGCCAGAUUCCAACGCAAAGAAGACGAUCUUGUCUACCAAGCCGAGAUUGACCUUGUUACGGCGCUUGCUGGAGGGACUAUCUUCAUAGAGCACUUGGACGACCGGUGGUUGAGCGUUGAGAUUCUGCCAGGAGAGGUCAUCUCACCAGGUGCCGUCAAGUUGAUCAGAGGUCAAGGCAUGCCUUCCUACCGCCACCACGAUUUCGGCAACAUGUACGUACAAUUCGACGUCAAGUUCCCCGAGAAGAACUUCACCGAAGACCCCGCCGCCUUCGAGGCCCUUAAAGCCAUCAUCCCGCCCUCAAAGACUAUCACUACCCCUCCCGCAGAGACUAUGACCGAAGCCGUCGAUAUCGAGGACGUCGACCCCUCCCAGCAAGCAAGAGCCCAAGGCGCCGCAAUGGAGGAGGAUGACGAGGAUGGCCACCCAGGCGGCGAACGUGUUCAAUGUGCAUCGCAAUAA